CACCCCGAUAAAUUUUUAUUCACCUUCUCACAGAUUUUCGUCUCCUCCCGAAAAAAUCUGGUUCCGCCCCUAAUUCUAGUUAAAGAAUAAAUAUCACCUUUGUCGUAAAGGGAAAAUAUCACCUUUUCGGGCAUGCAAAAAAUUAUGAAUAUAUCGUAAUAUUAUUACGAUAAAAUAAAAUUAAAGAUAUAAUAGAUAGCGUAGUUAAGGAAAGAAUUCCAAUUCCAUACGGCGUAAAUUACGUAACAAAUCGAACGAACGAGAGAGAGAGAGAGAGAAGAAUGAGAGGCGUCCCACCUCUGCCGGUAAAACACGCAGCGCCGCCGCCGCUGGAGGCAGGGGAAGGCGGCGUCGGAGAUCCCCUCCUCCGUCCGGCAACUGGCGGGCAAGGCGGCGGCGGCGGUCCACGGAAGAAGGGCGUGUGGAUUCGGGCAUGGCUGGUGGUGGACUCGGCGGGGCAAGCGCAGGUGGUGGAGGCCGGAAAACACGCCAUCAUGCGGCGGACCGGGCUCCCGGCCCGAGAUCUACGGAUACUCGACCCGGUUCUGUCGUACCCGUCGACCGUUUUGGGGCGGGAGCGGGCAAUCGUGGUGAAUUUGGAGCACAUAAAAGCGAUAAUCACGGCGCAGGAAGUGCUGUUUCUGAAUUCGACGGACCCAUUGGUUACCCCUUUUGUUCAGAAGCUUCAACAAAUCUUCCGCCACCGUCAAUCUGUCAAUUCGCCGCAGGGUGCUGGAUUGGGUGACAACAAUGCUGAAUGGGCAAAUAUGUAUAAUUUAGAAGAUCAAGAAUCAACGGCUAUUAGUCUUCAUCAACGAUAUACCACCGGAGGAUUUCCCGACAAGAAAGACGAGGAAAAUGCAGAAAACGGACAUGGUUUGAAGCUUCUCCCGUUCGAAUUUGUUGCACUCGAGGCGUGUCUCGAGGCUGCUUGUAGCAGCUUGGACAAUGAAGCGAGAAGAUUAGAGCAAGAAGCUCAUCCUGCAUUGGAUAAGCUUACUUCGAAGAUCAGCACUCUCAAUUUGGAGCGUGUCCGACAAAUUAAAAGUCGAUUGGUUGCAAUAACGGGGCGUGUGCAAAAGGUGCGGGAUGAAUUAGAGCAUCUUCUUGACGAUGAUGAAGAUAUGGCAGAAAUGUAUUUAACCGACAAAUUCGAGCAGCAACUCGACAAUUCCUCUGUUUCUUCCGAACACGAGCUAGAUGCCAUAGACGAAGAAACCGUUAUGCCCGACUCGGAGAAUAGGACCCUCGAUGAAAUCGCUACCGGACGUGAUAAUAUAUCCGAUAACGAUAUCCGGGACAAUAUUAUAGGCGAAUCGAGUGGUCUUAGGCGAGACAGUCACAGGACACAUACGAGUGUGCAGAGUGUUACUAACAAGAAUCUCGAUGUCGAGGAGCUUGAGAUGAUUCUAGAAGCUUAUUUCGUGCAGAUCGAUGGCACGUUGAACAAACUAUCCACUCUGAGGGAGUACGUAGACGACACGGAAGAUUACAUCAACAUAAUGCUGGACGAUAAACAGAACCAUCUCCUCCAAAUGGGAGUUAUGCUAACUACAGCAACGGUUGUGCUGAGUGCUUUUAUUGCCUUAACCGGAGUUUUCGGUAUGAACAUCACAAUCGAAUUGUUCGACCCCAACAAAGCUGGGAUGCCCGAUUUUCUCUGGACGGUCGCUGGAGGUACCGCCGGCUGCAUUUUCUUGUAUGUGUCCGCCAUUGCGUGGUGUAAACACAAACGCCUAUUGGAAUGAGGUGGCGCCUAUAUAUAAUAUAUAUAACGAGAAGGACUUGAGCUCGAGAGUUCAUAUUCAUAUAAGCAAAUUUAUUGAAUUUGUUCAAAUUUUAUUUUAUAAUCAACUUUAAAUUGUUAGGUUUCGGUUUGCAAAUUAUUUGUUUGAAGUUAUUGAUUUCCUUCUCGUAU